CUCCAUCUCUCACCAUGGCUCCACCAUCACCACCAUCAAAUGCACAAUCCUUGUUGGCCCCACCACCAACACCAUCAAACAAGACAACGUUUUAUGCUUUGCUUGGAUUCUCUUUUCUUCAUCUUCUUGUACUCGGAGCUUAUCUUAUUGUGCAUGCUACAGGCCACACUCAGCUAUUGGAGAAAGGCCGAUAUUUGGUCUACGCAUUGUUGGUUAUUGUCGAGCUGUGUUUCAGUGUUUCUUUCAUCAUAAAGAUGCCGCGCCCGGGGGAAGCCAAGUAUGUGUGGCUUCCUCUCACUGGGUAUGUGGUAGGGUCUCUCAAGAAGGCUAUUUGUUUUGAUUUUGUUACAAAAAAUCCUCAUCUUUUUUCUGAGAUUGAAGAUUCAACUUCUUCGAUUGAAGAUUCCUCUUCUUCUUCCUCGUCAUGAUGCUAAUGUCCAUCCUACUCCUCCAACCCCUAAGAAGAAUGGUGCCUGAACUCUGUUUGGUGUGAGUAGUAUAAUAAAACCCCACUUUUUUUUUAUUAUUAUUAUUAAUACACUCCAAUGCUCCCUUUAUAUGUUUAAUAAAAUUCAUCAUUA